CUGCAUUUGGGUCCUGCUUGUUUCACAAACCGUGACACAAGCUGAAAGAGGCCAUGCAGCUUCAGGGUCGCUGGGACACGGAGAAAGUCAAACUUAACUCCAAAAUCUUGGAGCUGACUGACACAGUGAAGCACCUCCGCAGCCAGAAUAGUGAGAAGGACUCCAGCCUAAACACCAUGCAGAUCAGUCUGGACAGGAUGGAGACGAGGAGAACAGAGGAGAAAGCAGAGAUGGAGCUCCUCUACACAGAGACCCAGGCCCUCCAGAAGAUGUUAUGUCAUGUCCACCAGGUGGGUGAUGGCAGUGGAUCUGAAAAUGUGUCCUCCUCUCCUGUGAGGAACAUCCUGAUGGCUGUGCAGAAUGGUCUCUCGGAGCACCAGAACCAGACACAGGACCUGCGUGGGCGUCUGGAAGCGGCUCUGGACCAGGAGGAAACUCUGCGUGAUCACCUGCAGGAGAGAGACGCUGAGAGGAAAGAGCUGGAGCAGAAGGUCCUGGAAGUGAGGAGGGAAAGUCAGGAGGCUAAGACCGCUCUGGAUGAAAGCCUCAGAGACAGCAACAGAUACCGCUGCUCAGUGGAGCUCCUCUCCAGUGAGAAGCGCAGCCUGGAGAAUCUGCUCUCUGGGCUGCAGCAGGAGGUUGACUCCCAGCAUGCCACGCUGGAGGUACUGCGAGGCUCAACGCUGGAGCUCCAGAGACAGCACGACCUCCUGAGGCAGCAGAGGGAGGAUCUGGAGAUGCAGCUGGCACGCCAGCGCACGGAGGCCCAAAGAGGCGAGAGGAGUCUGGAGGAGCUGGAAGGGAAGCUGUCAGAUGUGCGCAGGGAGCUGGUGACAGUGAAGGAGGCUCUGAGUCAAAUGACCCUGCAGAAGGAAGUGUUGGAGGAUGAUAAGGCCAGCCUGGCUCUGGCUCUCAGCAAGAUGGAGUCCCAGUGUGCCGCACAUGAGUUAGUACUCACCAAACUCAAGAAUCAGGAGGCUGCCGUUAAAGAUUCUCUGGCCAAAAUGGCUGCCCUGAGUGAAGGGUUAGCCAAAGACAAGGUGGAACUCAAUCGAAUUCUGCUGCAGACAGAAGGGGAGAAGACGCAGCUUGAUGAACGCAGAAGGGAAGCUGAAACGGAGAGAGCAGCAGCGAGGGAGGAGACGGCACGGGUGCAGCAGGAGAUAAUGAAUCUGCUCGCUGAGAAACAAGCCCUGGAGAGCUCCCACAGCCACAUGCAGGAUCUCUGCCAGAAGCUGGAAGCAGAGCUGAGCCUGCUGCAGAAGGAGAGCGCUCAGGCCCAGGAGCAGCACUCACAGGUCAACUGGCAGAUGCAGGAUGUGUGUGAGGAGCUGUGUGCGUGCAGGAAGGAGCUGCAGACACAGACCACAGUCCUGAGGAGAGCCAGCCAUGACAGGGAGGAGCUGGCCAAGGACAGGGCGGCUCUGGACGCCAGGCUCAACUCUGCUGACCGAAAGGCCUGUGGUAUUGCCCAGGAGAUGGCUGCACUUAGGUCCGUGUGUUUGCGUUUGUGUGUUUGUUUGUGUGGUCUGACCUCUAAAAU